CUGAUCUAUAACACGGAAGCGGAAGUAUGAUAACAAUGAUGCUGCGUUGAACUGUCAAUUUCAUGCUGUUUACAUCAGAAAUUACCUGACAUCUAAAAGCCACGUACAUACCGACAUUUACACAGUUCACCCUUCAAACCCAAGGAUCACGAAAGUUUUUCCCAUCAUAUCGAGGAAAAUGAAGAACACUGGAAUUUUAUUACUGCACUUAUUACUGAUGCCUCAUAUCAUCAGCUGCUGGAAUGAUGAUGCUGUGUUACUGCGGGAUGUUCAGGUGCUCACCCUUCACAGAGGUCGAUACACCACUGCACGUCGCUCCAGUCCUGUUCUCCAGCUUCAGUGUAUUGGGGGAUCUGCUGGCUGUGGAUCAUUCGUAAUGGAUGUGGUCCAGUGUUACAACAAAGGAUGGGAUGGCAUAGACGUUCAGUGGGAGUGUAAAGCCGACAUGGACAACUGGUACAGGUUUGGCCGUGUGGAGGUCUCCUGUGAGGGUUACACCAGUCCCAAUGACGCAUAUGUGCUGAAGGGUUCGUGCGGUCUGGAAUACACAUUGGAGCUCACGGCAGAAGGGAAGCAACAGCAGGGUCGUGACUCCCAAGGCUCAUCUGGCUUUUCAGGCUUUGCCUCUAACUUUUUCCAAGGCUUUUCUGAUCAUAAACCUCACCAGAGUGGAGGCCAGUAUAAGCAGUCUGAUGGUGAUGGAGUGAGCGGGUUUAUAGUGUUAGGUUUCUUUUUGCUGUUGGCUUACGGUGUGUACAAGAUGUUUCUAUGCAGUCCUACUCAAGGCCAUCAAGGUUUUCCCCGCGAUGGCUCUCAAGAUUUUGGCGGGGCGUGGGAUAACAGCCAUGGUGCGGGACCACCUCCUCCUGGAUUUAAGCCUGAUUAUUACACAGACCAGACCAACUCUGGCCCAGCCCCUGGUCCUGGCCCUAGCUAUGGCUUUUCUGACGAAUACACCAGACCUCAGACGGAUUCUUGGACUGGUUUCAACGGUGGACGACGAACUGGAGGUGGUGUAGGUGGUGGUGGUGGAUUCUGGCCUGGAAUGGGAGCCGGUUCAAUUCUGGGAUACUUAUUUGGGAAUCAGAGACGCCAGCCACACAUGGGACCAUCUUACACCACAGGACCCUCUUACAACAGCAGACCUUCCCCAAAACCAAAAACAAGCUCAGGGACACGCACUGCAUCAGGUUUCGGUGGAACUAAAAAAAGAUGAUUGAAGAUGAGAUGUACAGAGGACUUAGAGCGCCACUUUUAAAUAAAAUGAGAAAUAAAUUUUUCAAUUUAAUAAAUCAAACAUAUAAAUGUAAUAUCUGAACUCGAUUAGUUCAAGUUUUUUCAUGCUAAGGUUAAAGUGAAAAAUUAUGCGUCUCCUUGACACCAAUGACAAAUGGCAUUUUCGUUUGGUUUUAUUUACUGACUUUUAAUUAUAAUACACAAAGACGGCACACAAAAGUAAAAUGUGUUGUAAAUUAAUGUUGAAUUGAAGACCAUCUAUAGAUGCACAUAUUGACAAAAAUUGCCAGCAUACGGCCCAUAUUUGUAUCCAAUCAGCUACCCUCUAGAACAGGGGUUCUCAAAGUUUACAUUCAAAGGUCCAAAUCUGAAUUCCCAUAAUUUUCAUAGGUCCGGAAAAACUUUAUGUAAAUCAUUUGUUUAUAUAACAAAUCAACACAAAUAGUUUGGGAAAAACAUAAGUGUAUUUUGCAUUUAAAGUAAAAAAAUUUUUUAAAAUAAACACAAGAAAUAUGCCAAAAGUAACCAGGUGCAAAAUACAGAGCAACCUAAUUAGAGAAAUGGCACAGUUUGUUCUCCAUCAGAUGCAUAAACCAUGGCAAAAAAGUGUGGUUGGUAGGCAGAGACACUGACCAAAAUUAGGGGUGCACCUAUAAAUUGGCUGAUGAUGCAUGCUUCUCAAUGAAUAAAGGUGAAAUGCCGCUACAUCCAAAAGCCAGGGGGCGCUCUUGGGCAGAAACUUAAUAUGUGCUGCAGACGAAGAACCAGACACGGAGAUUCAGGAAAUGUCUUAAGGAUAUAUUUAUAUUGCUGUUUUUCAAACCUUUUCAGGUAUUUUCAUGAUAAUAAAGAAUAUGUAUAAGAUUAUGUUUGACGAGUGUUGCUUUUUUAAAUGCAUGUUUUAAACGACUCAAACCAACAGUGAUUGGUAAGGACUGAUCAAAAGCCGUAGUACAUGAAGUAGCUGUACAUAAUAUCUGGGUGUGAUGGCUACAGCGUCACACAGGAAAUUUUUAAAUAACUCGUUUUAUUUUCGGACCAGGAAUACUCUUAAAUCUAAAAAGAAGAAAAAACUAAACGAAUGGUUUACAAGUUUAAUAUGCAAUUGUGAAUUAGCAAAUGCACACAUUUAAUCAAUCACAUAGAAAUUAUUAAUGCACUUGUAAUAUGAAGUGGACGCGGGUCCGGAUCAAGUUGCCGUCGGGUCCGGAUCCGGACCGGAGUCCGGACUUUGAGAACCCCUGCUCUAGAAUAAAAAUGCCCCCCCAUCAUCUGCAGUUCACUGGAAAAUAGCAAAAUUAUUGUUGUUACUGGAUUGUGAUUUAACCAUGGAUUGUAUUGUUUUGUGUGGUUCUUUUUCUGUUUUAUUUUAUUUAGAGGAUUGAUAAUUGAAUUGAUAAUAUAUUUGGCUUUUGUGGUGAAGCCUUAUAUUUAUGAUCCUUGAUAAUUUGAUUGCUGAAAUGAAUUGUGACCAAUGCUUUGGGUAACUUUCAUAUAACUCCAUCAAGUGGCCUAUACUGGGAUAUCCCUUUCAUAUCGGUUAACUGCCGUGCGCAAGAUAAAAGUGCACCAAUCAGCCGUCAUGUCAUAUUUCAUAUUUUGUUUUUGAUAGUAGUGUAAUAAACUGAAAAAUAAAUAAGAUGUGUGUGACAUUGUGUGCGUGCACCUGCAUUUAUUUACAUCCUC